AUGGGGCUGCGGGCGGUGUACCUCCUGCGCUCGCAGCGCGGCGGCAGCUACGUUGGGUUCACAGUGGACCCCGGGAGGAGGCUGCGGCAGCACAACGGCGGCAGGAGGAAAGGAGGAGCCUGGAGGACCAGCGGCAGGGGACCCUGGUCCAUGGAGCUCUUUGUUUAUGGCUUCCCCUCCGACGUUGCUGCCCUCAGGUUCGAGUGGGCCUGGCAGCACCCAAUGGCCUCUCGCCGCCUCCCGGGCGUGGCCCGGCGCCGCCCCAGCGAGCGGCCAAUCAGCUUCGCCCUGCGUCUCCUGCCCCUCCUCCUGCGGGCCCCGCCCUGGAGCCGCCUCCCCCUGCGGCUCCGCUGGCUCCGCCCCCCGCCUGGCCCCGCCCUCCAGCCGGCCCCACCCGACCACGUGGUGGUGGAGGAAGGGGUGGGACCGCCCCGCCCUCUCCCCCGGCGGCCAAGGAAGAAGUGCCGGGAGGGGUCUGAGGCCACACCCACAGAGGGCGAGGACACGCCCACAGAGUGUGUCUGCUGUGGAGGGGAAUGGGAGGCCCAGGCCCCACCCCUCCUGCGCUGUCCCCACCGGCCCUGUCCAAUGGCUGCUCACGCCCUGUGCUUGGCCCGCCUCUUCCUGCGCCAUGAGACCAAUCAGCUGCUGCCUCUGAGAGGGACCUGCCCCAGCUGCCACACGCCUGUGCUCUGGGGAGCUCUGAUUGGCUGCCACCGAGGCGAGGAGGCGGAGUUUCCAGAACCCCCUUUGGGUAAGCCCCUCCCCUAA